UCCGGUGACUCUGAAUGACUAGCCGGUGCGCGUCUUCCUCGCCUCCUAGACACAUUUAAAGCUUUGGGUCGAAGCGGUGGGUUUUUUAGCAGCGAGUUGAAGUCCAGGCAGAGUGUGGGAAACGAUGCUGAUUAAGUUGGAAAGUAAUGAGCGAGGAUGCUGAAGCUGCCGGCAAGCCCGCUUUGUUCGGAGGAGGCUUUUGUGCCGCUGUCAUUCCGCAGCUCAUCCCCUGCUGCUUUGUCUUCACUUGGCCCUCUGAUACCGACCGUGACCGGCAGUGUGGUGUGUCAGUGUUGGACGGAGACCACCAGCAGCAGCAGGUCAGCACCAUGAAUAUUUACGGCGCCAGUGCCAGCGGAAGUUGCAGCGGAAGCGCCGUCGGUGGUGCCGUCGGUGGUGCCGUGGGUGGGACAAGAGAAAGAGGAGGAGCAGAACAUCACCGGGAGCAAUGGCGGCGCUCCAGCGACCGUUCACGUGACUCCUCCCAUGAGAGGGGAGAGAGUCAGCUGACGCCCUGCAUCAGGAAUGUCACCUCUCCCACUCGGCAGCAUGACCGUGAACGUGGCGACGGAGGCUCGUCCUCCAGGUCCUCCAGUCCACGCCCGCCCAGGGUUUCUCUUCCCUAUUCCCACGUUGGAGGGGCCCUGAUCGGGGGGCACAUACCUCGGUCCCUGGGUCCUCCCGGAGCAGACCACCACUCCAAGAGUGUAGGCCAAGGACUGUGCGAUAUGAUCUACGUGUAUGACCUCAGCGGUAAAGAGGGGCAUCGCAGUGGGCUGAGACUGGGAGAAAGAGUAACGCUCAUUGUAGACAAUACACGAUUUGUGGUGGACCCCGCCAUCUUCACAGCUCAACCUAACACCAUGCUGGGCAGGAUGUUCGGUUCUGGGCGGGACAACAACUUCACAAGACCCAAUGAAAAAGGAGAGUUUGAGGUGGCUGACGGCAUCAGCUCAACGGUCUUCAGAGCCAUUCUGGAUUACUACAAGUCGGGGAUAAUCCGCUGCCCUGACGGCGUUUCCAUUCCGGAGCUGAGGGAGGCAUGUGACUACCUCUGUAUCUCCUUCAACUACAGCACCAUCAAGUGCAGAGACCUCAGCGCCCUGAUGCACGAGCUGUCUAACGACGGGGCCCGGCGUCAGUUUGAGUGCUACCUGGAGGAGAUGGUGCUGCCGCUGAUGGUGGCCAGCGCUCAGAGCGGAGAGAGGGAGUGUCACGUGGUGGUGCUGACUGAUGACGACGUGGUGGACUGGGAUGAAGAGUACCCUCCACAGAUGGGAGAGGAGUAUUCUCAGAUCAUCUACAGCACCAAACUGUACCGCUUCUUCAAGUACAUAGAGAACAGAGAUGUGGCCAAGUCUGUGCUGAAGGACAGAGGACUGAAAAAGAUCCGACUGGGAAUUGAAGGCUACCCGACCUAUAAAGAGAAGGUGAAACGGCGUCCUGGAGGUCGCCCGGAGGUCAUCUACAACUACGUCCAGCGUCCCUUCAUCCGCAUGUCCUGGGAGAAGGAGGAAGGGAAGAGCCGCCACGUGGACUUCCAGUGUGUCAAGUCAAAGUCCACCACCAACCUGGCUGCAGCCGCUGCAGAUAUUCCCCAGGACCAGUUGGUGGUCAUGCAGCCUCCGGGGCCGCAGGUGGAUGAGCUGGACACUCUGCCGCAGCCGCCAGGCGUCAACGAACCCCACCAGCCGCCGUUCGGGCAGGGUCCGGAGAACAACGCGGCCCCCCACUUGGCGCAGGGCUAUGAGGGCCCCAACCAGCAGGCUCAGGACAGUCCGAGCCAGGCCGCGCACAACCUGGCCCACAGUAACCAGCAGCACGGCAGCAGCCACACUCAGGCCACUUACCACUACGAGCCGGACCCAGACACACCGUCACCCUCGGCAUGAGACUGGCUGCACACUUUAUCCCCAACCCAACACCACCACCGCUGUGUUCACACUGACGGCAACUCGUGCUUUUAUUGACACCGUCACACUGAGAUAAAUUCAGAGCUGGGAAAUGCUAACGAACUAAAAAAUAACCAACCUUGACAUAAUUCUUCUCUGAGCGUUCUCCAGAGUGAGGUUGGUAGGGAAGGCGAGAAGCACAGAAACCAACAGCCAAUAAGCACACAAAGUUCAGCCUUCCUCAGCUGACAUUAAACCACUUGUUGCUUUCAGUGUGAACGCAGACCUUGUUCCCCCUCACCCCUUCUCGUUCUCCUCGUCCUCCUCCUCCUGAGUGGCAAAACACCACUUUGCCUUCUGUUGCACCUCUGCUGCAGCCAUUCUCAGUCAGCACAGUGUCCGAAUGAACCAAUGAACUGUCCAGCAGCCAGGGAUGGAUGAUGCACAUCAGCAGGCUUCCUCACCCACCUCUGUUCACUCUGUUUUUAUUUAUCUGACCAAAGGAGACUUGAGUUGCGUUCUGUAUGCAUGUGAAAAGAGCGCUGUAUUACAUCAUAAUGAAGCGCGCGUGUUU